AUGUCCACCAAACCCACCACCUCGAUCCGAAAACCCCACAUCCUUAUUUCGGGCGCCAGCAUCGCCGGUCCAGUCCUCGCCUACUGGCUCAACCGCGCCUCAAUAACCGCCACGAUUGUCGAACGAUCUCCCUCUCUUCGUUCCGCCGGUCAAGGAGUUGAUAUUCGAGGCCCCGCUCGUACAGUCAUAUCACGUAUGGGUCUCGAAUCCACAAUUCGCUCCAAAGUAACCCAUGAAUUUGGUCUUCAAUUUGUUGACAAGAAUGGUGUCUCCAAAGCUACUUUCCCAAUGGAGGAGAAUGGAAAUUCCUUCACGAGUGAUAUUGAGAUCAUUCGGGGAGAUUUGUCCGAGAUUUUUUAUAACAGUACAAAGGAGACGUGUCACUAUAUUUGGGAUGAUUACAUUACGAAACUUGAAGAGGUGAAUGAGGGAGUCCUUGUUACUUUUGCAAAAGGCAAACAGAGAAUUUUCGAUUUGGUUGUGGGAGCAGAUGGAUUGCGUUCGAAAACUAGACGACUUGAUGAUGAAUGGGGUAAGUGGUAUAAUGCUUCUCGUGGACGUUCGAUAUUACUGCGUCCGGAUAAUAUAUAUGAGAGUACUACUACACGAGUAUUCCUCAGUAUUACCGAUCCCAACAAAACAUGCAAGUUAGUAAAACAUCUCGAAAUGACCCCCGAAGAACAAAAACGCGCGUGGAGAGAAGAAAUGUCUGAUAUGGGGUGGGAGAUUGAGAGAGUUUUGGAUGGAAUGGAUAAAGCACCAGAUUAUUAUAUGCAAGAAAUCGCCCAAAUAAAUCCUCCUCAAUUUUACAAAGGGAAAUUUGCACUCGUGGGAGAUGCAGGUUAUUGUCCCUCACCUCUGUCGGGGAUGGGCACCAGUUCGGCGAUUCUAGGUGCGUAUCAUCUUGCAGGAGAACUCGGAGCUUGUAAGGGAAAUUGGGAAGAAGGAUUGCGGAAAUAUGAAGAGAAGAUGAGACCGAUUGUGGAAAGUGUACAGCAGCUUCCGCCAGGGGUUCCUGGGUUAUUAAAUCCACAAACGGAGUGGGGAAUUGCGGUUAUGCAUAGGGUUCUGGGUUUGAUGUCUUGGAGGGGGUUGGCAGGGUGGUUGAUGAGCUUCCUUCCACAUGGAGAUGAAAGUUUGACUCAGUAUGAGUGGAGUGAUGGUGAAGAUAAAAGUUCUUAG